CUGACUGUGCUUGUACUUGUACAAAAAUAAUAAUGAAUGUUGACAAAGUCAUUACUUAUUUAAUAUAAAUUAAUAAUACAGUAAUAAUGCAAUCAAUAAGAAUAGCCAAGAAAACACUAGCAAUGGCUGUUGUUUUAAGUAUAAUAUGGUUUUUGUUUUUUUGGAGUCACAUUGGAAUCUUAAGUUUUGAAAAUGUUGGUUCCAAAGCUAUUCCAUUGGCUGUCAAAAACAAAUUAUGCUCUGUGAAUUAUGCUGACUACCGUUCUAAUGUCAAUAACAACAAUACUUUGAAAAUGAUCUACUAUGUAACACCAACUUAUCCAAGGCCAGAACAAGUGCCAGAACUGACGAGGCUUGCGCACACUUUAAUGCAUGUGCCUCGAAUCCACUGGAUAAUUGCUGAUGACCAACCUUUAUGUUCAGAUGUGGUGUUGAAUAUUCUCAGGCGUACUAAUCUACCAUUCACACAUAUAUCUAGUCCAAAACCUUUUCUGUAUAAAGGCACCAAUUUCCCUCGUGGAGUAUCAAAUCGUAGAGCUGCUGUUGCCUGGCUUCAAGAAAAUGUUUCGGACGGUAUUCUUUAUUUCGGUGACGAUGACAAUACAGUCGACUUAGAAUUGUUUGACGAGAUAAGAAAUACGAAGAAAGUAUCCAUGUUCCCUGUUGGCCUUAUCGGUGGAUAUGGAGUAUCAUCGCCUGUUGUUAAGAAUGGAAAGGUAGCUGGAUUUUUUGACUCAUGGCCGGGUUCAAGAACUUUUCCUGUGGACAUGGCAGGUUUUGCUGUCAAUAUGAAAUUCCUAAAACCAUCAGCCUCAAUGCCCUACAUUGCCGGUCAUGAAGAAGACAAAUUCUUGGUUAGUUUGGAUUUGAAAAUGGAAGACAUCGAACCAUUAGCAGAUAACUGUACGAAAAUACUCGUCUGGCAUACAAAGACUGCUAAAUAUAAGAAGCCAACAGUAAAGAUUAAUCUGAAACAAUUUGACGGAGAGCCUAAAUUCCAGAACUUCGUCAAUCUUCUCAAAGAGACCUCGAGACUAGGUAUGGCAAGUAUAGAAUCUAAUAAUGGAACCAAACCAUAUAUUAUUCGUGAUCGUAAAAGCUAUGAAACUCUUACUGGUUUACAGUAGAUUUUAACAUGAACAAUGUAUCUUAUGAUAGCUAUUGAACCUAUUGAAAUUCAACUAUUACUAUGUUACAUUUAAAUGUAUAUUGUAAAUUACAUGCAAUAUACAAAUUUAUUUAUUCAUAUUAUCAGUUAUGAUCUCGGUGUUUCCAUUGUCUUUUUCUUGGUUAUGUCUUUGAAAUAAUAGGGGUUACAUUUGACUCUGGUACCUUUAGGUAUAAAAUGGAAACAAUAGUACAAUUAGAUGCAUUUUAUGAGUACAUUUUUAAAAGUAUCUUAGUAAAUUUAUAGACUCGUCCAUAAGGAAAGUCUUAUUUUGUUUGUUACUUGUAUGGUUUCAUUCUUUCUGUGUAUCAUAAUUGUUUAGUCGAGCUGUGAUAUAGCAAGUUUGGAUGUUAUAUGGAGCUAUCGGAGCUUAGAUAAAAGUUUAUAAUAUAUGUGCAUAGUAUCGGAAUGAAAUUUAAUAAAGGUUUUUUUUCUGUAAACUACAUUGCUUGAGAAUUUAAACUAAAGUUUCACAUCAUCGAAGUAUAGUAGAUAUGUUGUCUUUAUCACUUCUCUAUGCCUAUAAAUAAACUGUUUGCUAUUGCUUCAUUCAAAUAAUGUAAUCAAAUUUGAAGUCAUAUAUUUCAUGAAUAAGUCUAUGAAUUGGUAAAUCAAAUUUAUUCUUCGACAAAGAUGUAAGAAAAACUAUUUUAUGUUAAAUGAGCACCCUAUUACAAUUUACUAUUAUGUAUUUUGUUCCAAAUACAUAAAUAUAUAUAUAUUAAUAUCAUUUACUUUAUUUUGAAAAAUCAUUACUCGAAUCAUUUAUGGAUUAUUGUCUCGUAUGAAAAUGAAAUGUGUGUUGUUUUGUUAAAUAUGUAUAAGAAGUUAGUUAUCCUAAUUUACACAUAUAUUUUGAAUUGUUUUUAUUUUUUUUUAAUUGAUAUUUCUUUUGAGAUUUUGUCAUGACAGCGGAUCAUUUACGUCCAAUAAAUUUUGCAGUUGUUAAUAAUUGUUAUAAAUGGAGUUAUAGGGUUUAGUCAAACCUUAGUUUAGUUUAAAACAAUACAGUAAUACAUAAUACUUAAUUUACGUAAACAUAGCUAUAGUUUUCUUAAUUUAAUAUAUUUUUUGUUGAUAAAAUAUGAAAUUAGAAACCUUAAGAGCGAGUUUACACGGUUACCUUGUAAUAAUUCUGCAAUAAUUUUGCUUGAAUAUUUUAGUGAGCAUUUAUAGUUGAUUUGUGAGAUCAAAAUCUCUAUAAACGUCAUUCCUCUCAUUAUCUUUAACAAUAUAUUUUAACUGGAUAUUUUGGUCUCAGAUCAACGUAUAUUUGGCUAAUCAAAUUACUAUGUUUAAAGUUGCAAUAAAUAAUGGUAUUACAUAAAUAGUUCGUAUAUAACGAUUUAGUUGGAAUAUUCAUGUUGUUAUACAUAAAAUUAUGUAGAUUUAAAAUAAUAGAAAUAAUGUUACAGCUUCUCGUCAUACUGAAGUUAGCAAUAAUUUUAUGAUCCUUAAUAUAAUAAAAAAAAAACUUAUGGAAAAUACCAAAA